GGGGGGCUUUGUCAAUGGUUGCGCUGCACUGGUGCUGCUGUUGCGGCAUGGAGCCCAUUGUUACCGCCUGGCUCAGAAACUGUCUGCGAAACCUCACUCUCCGGGGGAGGUAUAAUAACAGCCCCUCAACGUCUGCUUGGCAUAUUUGUCGGCCCAUUCAGACUCAGCCAUGGACGCGCAGUCUGAUUUGGACGUGAUCUUAGAGUUCCUGGAGGAGUACCAUAGGCACAACACCGUAAGCGGCGAGGAGGCGUCGCACUGGGGUGCAGGUGUGCAGGAGGAUGCAAAUAGUGCUGAUGACACCACUUGGACACAAUUCUGUUGGCCUUGUCAACCUCAUAGCAUCCAAGCUUCCGCUCAGCCGCCGACCUGCGACCCCUCAGCAGCAGCCUUCAGCCAAAUAACGGCCGCGGGACCAACGCACGGCCCGCAGCCAGACUUUGUGUCAACGAGACAACUAGUCAAACAUCAGGCAGCAGAGGCUGGCAGCGGUAGGAAAGUUCGUCUGUUCCACUUCCUGUUCGAGAUGCUGGAGAACCCGGCCAUGGCCCACUGCGUGUCCUGGGUCCCGGCGGCCGAGGGCGUUUUUCGCUUCUCCGCCCGCAACAAGGACCAGCUGGCGGAACUGUGGGGGCAGAGGAAGGGCAACAAGAGGCCGAUGACGUACCAGAAGAUGUCCCGUGCCCUGAGGAACUACGCGCGGUCCGGCGAGAUUUUCAAGGUGAAAAAGAAGCUGACAUACCAGUUCAGCGAAAAGACCCUGACGCUGCUUCACAGGCGUCACCAUGGAGACGUGACAUGCAAACCACAUGUGUGAACUUUUUCUUGUUCCAUUUGUGUUUUCGUUACAUUUGUGUUACGCUUGUGCCGUCCAAAAGCAGUUGUGAUAUUAUGCUUUCAAUGUUAAUAAUGUUUUAUCAUUCACAUGCUGUAAAAAAAAAAAAAAAAAGUCUGUAGAUUUUACAGUAAAAAAUCGGCAGCUCAGUCGCCAGAAUUUUACCAUGAAAAUAAAAGUCCAUUUUCAUUUACAGUAAUGCAUGUAAAAAAAAUCACUGUAGAUUUUAUAGUAAAAAAACAGGCAGCAAAGUCGACAGAAUAUUACAGUAAAUCGGUGUAAAAUCCAUUGUAAAUUUUAUGAUAAAAUGUUGCCGUAAAAUCUACAGAUUUUUUUUUUUUUUUACAGUGCCUUGGCCAAAUCCCUUUAAACUUGUUCCAAACAUUUGUGCUACAUUUGUGCUGUCAAAACAAUACAACAUUGGUGAUGUUGCUAUUUCAGCAUCAAUCCACACAUCCCUACGGAUGUGAACAUUAAUAAAACAUUACCAACAUUAAUAGGGGCGCCGCUAGGGAUUUUGGGCCCCAUGAAAAGAAUCUUUACAGGGCCCCCAACACAGCGGCAACAUUAUAAUUUCAUCAUAAUUAGGGGCCUCUCUGGGCCCCCCUCCAUCAUGGGCCCCUAGAAUCCGUCUCCUUUACCCCCCCUUUUCGGCGCCCCUGAACAUUAAAACCAU